AUGUCGGCAUUCCCGCCUCAACGGACCAUCACUUCAAUCCCUGUCACCCGAACCACAGCACUUACGUGUCUCUCAGCAUAUCUCACUUGUUCAGAGACACAGCCCCACCUACUUCCAAAUACGCGUCUUGAUCCGUCUGGAGGACCUACAGUCGGAUCGUCCAAACAUUCAGUAACGAUACAUAAUUUGAAAAGAAUGGAAGCAGGUCUAAGGGGUGAAUGGCUUGCGCCAAGUCUACAAUUGGGUAGUGAUGAUAUGGUUUCUUCACCAACUAGGCUCAACCGUGGAUUGAAAAAGUCUGAUAAAAAUACGAGUGAUAAUGUUAGAAUACUGCCGCCGAAUAAUAACACCAUUGAAUUGAGCAAGGAGGCGAGGAAAGCUGAAAAGAAGGCACGAAGAAAGCUCCACAAGAAAACGGCCCAAAAUCCUGCACGAGAAUGA